UCAGCUGUCAUUAACUUUGCACGCUGCUAACUAGCUAUGUAACCGUAUAUAUGUAUUCUAACUGUUUGUGUGUGUGUGUGUAGUAUCAGUUAGUGGUGUUUGCUGCUGCUGGUGGUGGGGAUCACUUUCUCUCAUGCUGCUGUGAGCCGCUGCUGGCUGCGUCCUGCUAUGGCGUCCGUGUACAGCGGAUCCCACACCUUGAGCAAGGAUGAUGUGAAUUACAGGAUGCAUUUCCGAAUGAUAAACGAGCAGCAGGUUGAAGAUAUCACCAUAGAGUUUUUCUACAGGCCGCACACGAUAACGCUGCUGACAUGCACGGUGCUCAGUUUGAUGUAUUUCGCCUUCGCAAGAGAUGAUGGAAAUCCCGACAGUAAUCUCUGGGUGGGGCUCAUCCUGGUCAUCUCCUUCUUCCUUGUCAUCAGUGUUUUGGCAUUUCCUAAUGGUCCAUUCACCAGACCACAUCCAGCAAUAUGGCGAAUAGUAUUUGGUCUGAGUGUCCUGUACUUCCUGUUCCUGGUUUUAAUCAUCUUCCUCAACUGGCAGCAGGUGAAGCAGCUAAUGUAUUGGUUGGACCCAAACCUGCGUUAUGCCAAGAGAGAGGCAGACAUAAUGGAAUAUGCCGUGAACUGCCAUGUCAUCACCUGGGAGAGAAUCCUGAGCCAUUUUGACAUUUUUGCAUUCAGCCAUUUUUGGGGCUGGGGUAUGAAGGCCCUGCUCAUUCGGAGCUACGGCCUCUGCUGGACCAUCAGUAUUACCUGGGAACUUACUGAGCUAUUCUUCAUGCAUCUGCUGCCUAAUUUUGCUGAGUGCUGGUGGGACCAGGUGAUUCUGGACAUUCUGCUGUGUAAUGGAGGAGGCAUCUGGCUUGGCAUGACUGUCUGCCGCUUUUUGGAGAUGAGGACCUACCACUGGGCCAGUAUUAAGGACAUCCACACCACCACAGGGAAGAUCAAACGAGCUGUGCUACAGUUCACCCCAGCAAGCUGGACCUAUGUUCGCUGGCUUGACCCAAAGUCUUCCCUACAGCGAGUGAUGGGCGUCUAUCUCUUCAUGAUCAUCUGGCAGCUAACAGAGUUGAACACAUUCUUCCUCAAGCACAUCUUCAUCUUUCCUGCAAGUCACCCUCUCAGCUGGUGCCGGAUCCUGUUUAUUGGUGUCAUCACAGCUCCAACAGUGAGGCAGUAUUAUGCGUACCUUACAGACACACAGUGUAAGAGAGUCGGGACCCAGUGUUGGGUGUUUGGGGCAAUAGCCUUUCUGGAGGCCUUGGCAUGUAUUAAGUUUGGACAGGACUUGUUCUCAAAAACACAGAUCCUCUAUGUGAUCCUCUGGCUGCUGUGUUUGGCCUUCAUUACAUUCCUUUGCCUGUAUGGAAUGGUGUGGUAUGCUGAAACUUAUGGUCCAAGAGAAAAGAGCCUCUCAGAGUGUGAAGACAGCAAUUACACUGAAUCUCCUGACCAUGAAGACACAUUUAAAGACGAGACAGAUGUGGAAGACGACAGCCCCACAACCAGAUAUAGAGGGAAGGUCUCCGGAAAGACCAAAUCCAUCAACGGCCUGGACAGCCAGUAGGAGUUGGAGCCAGAGGUUGGUGUGCGACUCCUGAACUCACUCCAAGGAGCCAGGUGUGAAGGAUUACAGGAAGCACUUCCUGGGAUAAUUAGAGUCUAGAAAGCCCUCACCUACAGUAGAGGGAGUGGAGACAGGGGAGACUAAGUGGAUGAACAGGCCCAUGCAGUGUUAUUAGGAGUGCACAGAGGCUUGGACUACGGAGACGCACACUUAAAGGUGUGCUGUAGUUGUAAAAAAAAAAACACUGAUCACAGGUGUGUGUGUGUGUGUGUGUGUGUGUGUGUGUGUGUGUGUGUGU